AUGGCGAGCAUCCUGAGAAGCGCAAAGGUCUUUGCGAAGGAGGACGCCUUGCCGAAGAUCCCGGCCGCCGAGUUCUGCCACUUCUUGCAAGAGCACUUCAAGGUGGAGCCAGGAGUUGUGCAGGUGAUGAUGACCAGUGUCAAGGACUUGGCCCCAGAGCCGGUCUACAUCUCCGUCCGCGCCAAGGGAACGCCGCCGCGCCGCGAGAAGGUCGACGAGCUCCUGGCAGGCAUCGGUCGGUGGCUGGCCGGACGCGGCCUGCAAACGGGCAAGGUGCGCAUUGAGCUCUUCGAGCCUUCGCAGCAAGCUGUCCACGCCUGGCGGCAGUCGAAGUUGUGA